UCCACAACACAUUCAUUCACAUAAGGGAGGGCUACUUCCAGAGCUGAGUUAGAGUGAUCCACUCUGUUUGCCAGAGGAACAUCACCUCUUCUUGCUGAUAUUUGCGUAGACAAGUUUUCAGGAAAAGGUUUUGCCCUAACCAGAGUUCACAAUGAGCUUUUGGAUUUUUGUUUUUGGGGUGAUUCUCUCUUUGUAUCAGAUUGGGAGUAAUCCGGCCAGUGCGGGGAUGUGCUGGCUGCAGCAGAGUCAAGACCUUAGGUGUGACAUGGUGCUGAUGAGAGGGGUGACCAGAGAGGAGUGCUGUGCCGGGGACCGCCUGGACACAGCAUGGUCCAACACCAGCCUGCCCAUGAAUGAGGUCAGCCUGCUGGGCUUCCUGGGAAUCGUCUCCUGUAAACCAUGCAAAGAGACUUGUGAAGGAGUCAAAUGCAGUCCCGGGAAGGUUUGCAAGAUGAAGAUGGGAAGGCCUCAGUGUGUGUGCUCUCCAGACUGCUCUCACAUUUCCCAGAGGCAUGCUGUGUGCGGCAGCGAUGGAAAGACAUAUAAGGAUGAGUGUGCUCUGCUGAUGGCCCGCUGCAUGGGACACCCAGACCUGGAGGUCAUGUACCAGGGAGAGUGCAAAAAGUCAUGCUCCAACGUGGUGUGUCCAGGAACUCACACCUGCGUGACUGACCAGACCAACAGUGCCCACUGUGUCAUGUGCCGCACAACGCCUUGCCCAAUACCCAUGCCAUCUGAGCAUCCAAUCUGCGGCAAUGACAACAUCACUUACCCCAGCGCCUGCCACCUCCGCCGGGCCACCUGCUUCCUCGGCCGCUCCAUAGGAGUCCGCCAUUACGGCCACUGCAACAAUCCCCCUCGGAAAGCUCAGGAUUUUGAAGCCAGUGAGGAAAACGCAGUCUAGAUGGAUGCAUUCCUCAACACGACCCUUUUCAAGACAUGAGUUGGUUUCCAAGUGUCACACCACUAGCUUCCCGUGAUGACCUCUUUUUUUUUGACAAUCACUCCCCCUCCCCCUUGUACACAGAAAGACGAUACAUUUAAUAUGGAACACCUCUGUUGGAAGACACACUUUAGCGUAACGGCCUCAAAAAGAACAGCAAAAGCCUGUGAGCAACGUGUGUUGUUCUAAUGUUAGUUUGGAAAGUAGAGGCAAAGGAAAGCAUGUGUUUCGAGGUAGAAAUAUCUCAUUAGCUCUUUGGGAGAUGUGUGCAUAUUGUAAAUAGAAUACCACUACUAUUUAUUGGAGAAGGUAUCAAACUCUAUUUAUGUUUUUAUCUUAGUAACAACUCCAUAUAUCCUUGGGAAAGCUGAUGCAAAAAAUGUAUUUAUUGUGUUUUGUUUAUUGUGUAUGUAUAAUAGCGGUCACUGGCAUCGGCAUUUUACAACUUUUUACAGUCUCCAUUCCCAACAAACAAACAGUUUUCCCUCUUAAGCUGAUGGAAAGCAACAGUAAUUUGUUUGGAAAGUUGAUACCACUUUAUAGCCUGCCAGUGUGGUUUCAAUCCACCACAAACAAGAACAGAACAACUACAGCUGUACUGUAUGUACUAAAGCUUUUGUCUGGGAGGUGAGGAAGGGGUUUAGCCUAAACAAACCUGUAUAGUCUCUCUCCCUUUCUCCCCCCACACGUGUUUACUCUGGAUCCUGAUCCAAACUCUCGGCCACCCGCUGAUCACUAAAAUUAACAGUUUGGUUGUGUUUGUAGUAGUCUCAGAAGACUGUUGGUACAACCCCAAACCCUCUACAAUACCUCCUCUGUUGAAUGCUUGGCUUUGUUUUGUAAAUGCAUCUUUGUAGGUCAUGCUAGUUCAUUCUGAUGCUGUUUUGCUGCUUUGACAUGAUUGGACUUUUUUUUUUUUUUUUUUUUAAAGAAGUUACUGGACAGACAAAUGUAAUUAGCAUCGUCUGAUUGAAAGAAAAAUUGAAUUUGUCUGGGAAUGGACUGCAAUUUGGGCGAACUGAAUAUACCUGAUUAUACUGCCGUCAGAUAUGAGUCAAUCUGUCCAGUGUUGACACUGGUAAAUCUGGUAGAUAUCAAUACAAAUGGUCAAGUGAUCCAUUUAAAAUGUUAAACUCAAAGCAGAUGUCUAGAUACUUUGAAUAAUCUUUAGUGUAUUAUGGAACAUUUUAAUGACUCUCCUGUAAAUAACAAUCUCGUGUGUACCUACCUGUGUACCUACUGUGAAAUCUGAUCUAUGAUAAAUGCGUCAACAUAUUUUUGUAUUUUUGUACUGCCACUUCAAAACAACAUAAAGUUUAAUAUUUGUCA